GUGUUUGGUGGGCGGGGCUUUGAGAAGACAUAAAGAGAUGAGCGGGGGUUCAUCUGUGGUGAAACGCUGUGAAAAGAUGAAGCUUCUUCUGAGCAGCGUGCUGCUGGCCUCUCUCUGUGACAUCUCGUCUUGGAGUGUUUUAAUGGCAGAUGCCAGUGCUGUGACCCAGACUUCUGACGUUUCUGUCACUGAGGGAGAGACCGUGAACAUCACCUGCUGCUACACUCAAAAGGACUCUGAACAAAUUAGAUUCUUCUGGCUGAAAAAUCAGACAGAAAUGGAGAACAACACUAGUGUGGUGCUGAGUCAAUAUCCAUUCUGCGCAUCUCUGACCCUUUCAAAUAUCACAAGAGAGGAUUCAGCGACAUACAUUUGCAAGGUGUCUUUGGAGAUACCAUAUUAUGAGACUCUUUAUGGAAAUGGUACAGCCAUCACAGUGAAGUCUACAGGCAGCUCAGGUGGACAUGCUAAAAACAGUGCAGGCCAUUCCACUCACAUCAUGAUGAUAACUGCUGCGGCUGUGGGGUUUCUCCUGCUCCUCCUCAUCGCGCUCUGCUGUUUCUGUUUUCUGCGACUCGGAAAAGCACAAGCUGCCAGGGUGAUCUACGAGGUUCCCCACUUUGACUCUGAGGAGGCAGAGAUGGACAAACACAACACCGGCUCCUCCAAAGAAUCCACUCAGUGGUGUGAGGUACCCGUGUAUGAAUCCUUUGAUUACUUUGAACAUACACAGAACAAAGACAGCGGGUGAGGAAUGGCGGCAACAGCAUUUUUCUAGUCACUUUUCCUCUUGUCAAUUAUUUUCCUUAUCACAAACGGCUUUACAUAUGAAUGUAAAUAUGUUUAUACUGUUCUAUAAAGCAAAUUUUAUUUCAACAA